AUGGCGGGUUGUUCUUCCAAUUUUGUGGUGGCUCGCGUUGUCAAUGUAGGGAAAGAAACUGUUACCAGGAACCUGGGAAAUCAAGACUCCAGUAGGUUGAGUUUCAGGGGUGUCAUGAUGAAGGAGUCUGUAUUUCCAAUUAUUUGUGAUAGAUUGUGUGUGUCUAGGCAAAAGAAACAAACAUUUUUUAUAAUGAGUAUGUCGCAGCAGCCGCCUGUUGAAUCACAAUCUGGUGUAACCGCGGUCGAAUUUUCCAAAGGGGUAGGUGACAGUGACAGUGUCACGAAUAAAAUUUCGGAUGGUGAGCUAGAUUCGAAAACUGAUAGAGUUGGUAGUAAUGGGGUUGUAUUGGAUAGCGGCGUUGGUAAUGGGGGCUAUGGAAACGGAGGAGUGAGAGAUGGCGGUGGUGGAGGAGGCGGGGAUGGUGAUGGUAAUGACAAAGAAGAGGAGGAAUUUGGGCCGAUACUGAAAUAUGAUGAGGUGUUGAGAGAGACCGAGGCUCGUGGGGCUACCCUUCCUUUAGAUAUGUUGGAGGCUGCUAAGAGUGUGGGAAUCCGCAAGUUGCUUCUUCUUAGAUAUUUGGAUUUGCAGGAAUCUGGUUGGCUGCUAGGAUUUGCCAUGAAAUCAUGCUCUGUCCUCCGGAAUCGAAUGCUGGCUGAUCCAGCUUUUCUUUUCAAAAUUGGCACAGAGAUCGUCAUUGAUACUUGCUGUGCUACUUUUGCCGAAGUUAAAACAAGAGGCAAAGACUUUUGGGCAGAAUUUGAGCUGUAUGUUGCAGAUCUUCUUGUUGGAUUGGUUGUUAAUGUUGCUCUAGUAGGUAUGUUGGCACCCUAUGCUCGAAUUGGAAGACCAUCGAUAUCUGCAGGAGUCCUCGGUAAAAUGCAGAAAGCUUAUGCAGCUUUGCCCAGCAGUGUAUUUGAGGCAGAAAGACCAGGAUGUAGAUUUUCUGUACAGCAGAGACUCGGAACAUACUUCUACAAGGGUAUAAUGUAUGGAGGUGUUGGAUUUGCAUGUGGUAUAGUAGGCCAAGGCAUAGCAAAUAUGAUCAUGACUGCAAAGCGGAGCAUAAAGAAAUCCGAAGAUGACAUACCUGUGCCACCUCUUGUGAAGAGUGCUGCUCUUUGGGGUGUCUUUCUUGCUGUUUCUUCCAACACGCGAUACCAGAUCAUCAAUGGACUCGAACGUAUGGUAGAAGCAUCACCACUGACAAAGCAGGUUCCCCCAGUUGCUCUGGCUUUCACAGUUGGUGUGCGUUUUGCCAACAAUGUGUAUGGUGGCAUACAAUUUGUUGACUGGGCUAGGUGGAGUGGGGUGCAAUAA